AUGACGGCGCAGGCGCUCGCGCCGCCACCGCCGGAGCCGCACAUGGCGGGGCGGUGGGCGGGCACGCUGCUGGCCCCCGCCGUCUACGCGCCGCGGGUCUACUACGUGCAGGGCUUCUACGUCAUCUCCUACGGCCUCAGCAUCUACCUCCUCAGCCUCCUCAUCGGCUUCCUCUCCCCCAUGGUCGACCCAGAGCUCGAGGCGCUCGACCAGGCCGGCCCCGCGCUCCCCACCCGCGGCAACAACAAGUUCAAGCCAUUCAUCCGCUGCCUCCCCGCGUUCAAGUUCUGGUAUUUACCAGGGUGGUGCGUGGAAGGCUCGCUGCGGUGGCUGGGUGGGUGA